CCGCUAGAAGUUUCCGUGGAUCGUCGAUUUGAGCGAUUGGCUGUCAUUGAAUGUGCUGUUAAUCGUGAUAACUAUAUCUAGCUUUGCUCUUGAGCACUGGACGCAUUGCGGUUUUUAGCUUUCUACUUUCUGGACUACAAUUCUGCAUAGUGCACACUGCACCAUGGCCGACAUAGAACAGGGUGAUGGAGAUCAUGAUCACUCGGCUGAUCCUGGAAACCAUGAAUCGACCGGCAAAGGCGAUAUUCAUGAAGAUCAUUCAGAAUCAGAAAUGCACAAUGGUGGACCAGGACAUCACAUGGAUCAAAUGGAAGAUAUGCAUGGUGGUGGCCCUGACUUCGGAGGGCCAGACUUUGGCGGCCCCAUGAGAGGGGGAUUUUGGAGAGGACCGCGGCCUGGUGGCCCGCCUGGACCCCCAUGGCGCGGGCCGCCGCCGCCCCGAUUCCGUGGCCGCGGUGGUCCGCCCGGCCCGCCAUGGAACGGUCCGCCGGGCCCGCGCGGUCCGUGGCGGGGCCCGCCUCCGCCACCGUUCUUCCGCGGUCCGCGGCCGCCGUUCCGGGGUCCGCCGCCGUUCGACCCUAACUGGGGCCCGCACCCGGGCAUGAUGGGUCCCGGUGGGCCGAUGGGGCCAUACCCGCCGGGCCCGCCGGGUAUGGGCGGCCCGGGCAUGGGCCCGCCGCCGGGGCACUGGGGCGGCCCGAUGGGCCCUCCGUCCGGGCCGCCGCCGUUCUCGGGCCCGCCGCCGGGCCACCACUCUGCUCCGCCGCCACAGUUCGCCGGCGGAAUGAACCUCGCCAACGUCUGGGUGGAGACCAAAAACGACGAGGGGAAGCUGUACUACUACAACGCCCAGUCGCGGGAGACCACGUGGACGCAGCCGGAGGGCGACGGUGUCCGCAUCCUCACCCAGCAGGAGGUGGAGCAGAUGACUCAGUCCGUGGGCGGCCAGGCCGGCGCCCAGGCGGCCGCACGCGCCAAGACAGAGGGAGAGGCGGACGGCGCGGACGGAGAGAACAGCGAGGACUCGGCCAACAAGGACUCGGCCGGCGGUGGGGAGGCCGUUGCCGCGCCCGGCACCGGUGCUCCGGCCGGUCCGGGCGGCGCCGCUGGUGGCCAGGGGGUGGCGUCUGGGCCGCCGCCGUUCGCGGGCGGCCCGCCGGGCGCCGGAGGUGGCGGCGGCGGCGGUCCGUUCAACAUGCCGCCGCCGUCCUGGGUGGGCGGCCCGUGGGGCGGCAGCCCGGCCGGCUGGGGAGGCCCCGGCGCCGGCGGGCCGCCCGCCGCCGCCCAAAUGGCGCCGCCCUCCCAGCAGGUGAUUCAGGGAGCGCCGUCUGUCGACAACAAGGAGCUGGACCCGGAGCUGGUGGCCAAGGCGGCCGAGUGGACCGAGCACACGGCGCCCGACGGACGCAAGUACUACUACAAUGCCAAGCUGCAGCAGUCCGUCUGGGUGAAGCCGCAGGCCAUCGCCGACCUGGAAGCCGCCCGGCUGGCCGCUCAGCAGCAGGUGGCCGCCGCCGCCGCCGCCGCCGUGGCUGCCGGCGAGAUCAAAACCACUGAGCCGCUCGAGGUGAAGCCCGCCCCGGCCGCUGCCGCCCCCGCGGCGGCGGCAGCAGCAGAGGACGACCACGAGUCGGCCGAUGACGGGAUGGACGUGGAUGACGACGAGUCGUCACAGUCGGCGCCGGAAACCAAGGAGGAGCCAGCGCCGGCCAAGCAGGAGGACAAGAGCCGUCCGGUCAGCUCCACGCCCGUGCCCGGCUCGCCCUGGUGCGUGGUGUGGACCGGGGACGGCCGGGUGUUCUUCUACAACCCGUCGACGCGCACAUCCGUCUGGGAGCGUCCCGAGGAACUGAACGGCCGCACUGACGUCGACAAGAUGCUGCAGCCGCCCAAACAGGAACCCGCGGAGAGCAAGGACGACGAGCCGCCCGCCAAAAAGGCCAAGGUCGAAGAGACCAAAAAAGAAGUGAAGGAGGAGGCGCCCAAGAAGAUCGACGUCGGGAAGGAAGCGGCUAUCGAGGCGGAGGUGCGGGCCGCCCGUGAGCGGGCCAUCGUGCCGCUCGAGAUCCGCAUGAAGCAGUUCAGGGACAUGCUCGCCGAGAAGGAGGUGUCAGCGUUCAGCACGUGGGAGAAGGAGCUGCACAAGAUCGUGUUCGACCCGCGCUACCUGCUGCUCACCUCCCGCGAGCGGAAGCAGGUGUUCGACAAGUACGUCAAGGAGCGCGCAGAGGAGGAGCGACGCGAGAAGAGGAACAAGAUGCGCGAGACAAAGGAGGAGUUCCGCCGACUGCUGGCGGACGCCGACCUCAACGGAAAGUCUUCGUUCAGCGAGUUCGCUCAAAAGUACGGUAAGGACGAGCGGUUCCGCGGCGUGGAGAAGAUGCGGGAGCGCGAGAGUCUCUUCAACGAGCACCUGCUGGACAUCCGGCGGAAGGAGAAGGAGGAGCGGGCCGCCCGACGCGAACAGGUCAAAAAAGACUUCUUCGCGAUGUUGCGCGAGGACAAAACGAUCGACCACCACGCGCACUGGUCGGACGUUAAGAAGCGGCUGGACACGGACUCUCGGUACCGCGCCGUGGAGUCUUCUAGUCAACGUGAGGACUGGUUCCGUGACCACAUACACGACCUCAAAGAGGAGCGUCGCCGCGAGAAACGCAAGGAGAAGGAGAAGAAAAAGAAGCGCAGCCGCAGUCGCAGCAAGGAGCGACGCAGCAAGAGCCGCGAGGCGAAGAAGGAGAACGGAGACUCGCGCGAGAGCGAGGAGAGGAAGUCCGACGCCGAGAGCAAGACCCGCGAGGACGGCGAGAAAACGGACGAGGACUCUGAGGAGGAGGAGGAGCGCCGGAAGAAGGAGACCGAGGAGCGCGAGAAGCAGGAGCGCGUGCAGGCCUCGCUGCGCGAGCGAGAGCGAGAGGUGCAGCGCACGCUGGCAGAGCACCUCCGCGAUCGGGACAAGGAGCGUGAGCAGCACAAGCACGCCGAGUCCGUGCAGCACAUGCUGGCCGUGCUGGCCGACCUGGUGCGAACCACCGACAUCACCUGGCGAGAGGCCAAGAAGGUUCUCAAGAAGGACCACCGCUGGCAGCUGCUCGACGGCCUCGACAAAGAGCAGAAGGAGAAACUGUUCGAACAGCAUGUGGAACAGCUGUCCAAGAAGAAAAAGGAAAAGUUCAGGGAGUUGCUGGACGAGAUGAACGUGGAUCUCACCUCGUCAUGGAAGGAAGUUAAGAAGAUGAUCAAGGACGACGUGCGGUAUUCCAAGUUCUCGUCCAGCGAUAGGAAAUGUGAGCGCGAGUACCGCGAGUUCAUCAAAGACAAACUGGUCGUGGCCAAGAGCGAGUUCCGUGAGCUGCUCAAGGAGACCAAAAUCAUCACACACGAGUCGCUCAAGAAGAUCACCGACAACGACCAGCACAUGAAGGACAUCCUGGAGGUGCUGCGCAAGGACAAGCGGUACCUCCAGCUGGACGAUAUUGCCGAGGAGCGCGAGCAGAUCAUAGUUGCCCACCUGGAGGAGCUGGACAAGCGCGGUCCGCCGCCGCCACCCACCGCCAGUGAGCCUUCACGCCGGCUCGUCAAGUAGCCUCUGCGCGGGUGGUGUGAAUAUGCUACGACUAUCCGGCAGGGAGGGCCUGGUGCGCCCGGCGCCGAGUGCUGAGUGAAUUCGGUGGGACGCGGCCGUGGCGCGCGGCAAUGAUAGUGCUCGGCGGUGUGCCACGGUGGCAGGCGGUAACCGACCCUGCCUGUCGGCGGGCACGGGCCCGGCGCCCGGCCGUGUCCAGUGGUCUAGUGACGGGUCAUGAGUUGGGCCCGCUUUUAUCCUGCGUUAUUGACUAACCGUGAUUGGAUUUGUUUGCUGACGAUUGGCUAUCCCCCGUCAUUGGGGCUCACUUGCAAACAAGUCACGGUAUUAUUCGAACGAUCACUUGUCCCGACAUCCCCACGCCUGAAAAUCUGCAAUUGCCAUCGGGGAAGUGUGCUGCACGUGAACGAAUACACUGUCUAUGAGUGAA